AUGAGCAAUUUUAUUAAUGGCACACAGAUGCUCGUGGACCUGGUCACUGACAAACAUUAUAUUAUUAUUAUUGAAUGCACCUCAGAUAUCGGGACCAUUUUUGCUUUCUUGGGCGUUAUCUCCAAUAUCAUCAUUAGAACAUUUAUUGCUAUGGGUUUAAGCGACGGUGUUACUGUUUCCUUCCUCGCUUUGGCCAUCUUUGAUUUGACCUAUCUGAUUGCCUCAUUGAGUCUUGGAGUGGCUGUUGUGUUUUACGUAAUAGAGAUGAGAACGAAAAUUCGAUUUAAGAUAGAACCAUAUGGCGUGUGCCUGUUUUUCGGUAGUUGUAUGAUAUUCAUUAACCUGACAAAUGUUCUGGCUACAACUUUCCUCGCAGUUGCCCGUUGUAUGUGUGUGUCCAGACCUCUCCAGUUCAAGAACACGUUUACCAGAAAAAGAGCCAUUUAUUUUAUGAUAACAUUUGCCAUAUUUUCUAUUAUCAUCUACUUACCGAUUCUGGUCAAUAUGGGGAUGGUGCAAAGAUUUGACUCGAGGACCAACACAUCAAGGCCGUCUUUGUGGAUCUCCCCAAAGAGAGAGUUCAUUAAAGAGAUUGUCUGGCUGGUUAUCGACAUGGUGUUGCCAGUAGCAACCCAGCUAAUUAUUCUUGUGUGUGUAGUCAUCAUGGUCAACAGUCUUCAAGAAGCGUCCAGAUUUCGGCAGUCGACAGCAUCCAUCUCACUGAAGCCAUUUACCCACCAAGACAGAAAUAAGAGUUUAAGCAGAAAAGUAAAGAUGCCAAAAGGUUAUGAUUCUAACAACGUAAUCGAAAAGCUAACAGGAAAGGAUCUUUUAGUGGUCCAGCAGGUAGUCCUUAUUUCCGUGGUGUAUAUCGUGUGCAACACUCCAAAAAUCCUCAUAAGUAUUGCCACAUCUAUUGAGCCAGAAUUCACUAUAGGAAAGACAUACUCAAAAUUAUACAUGUGUGCCAAUGGCCUUAGAAAGCAUUUUGAAAUCUUGAAUGCUGCUGUUAAUCUGAUUAUCUACUAUAAAUACAACACUAAAUUUAGAGCAAUGAUGCGUAGAUCGUUUUCAUGCAAAGUAAAUAUAAAAUAA